AUGGUUUGUCCCAGCUUUUGGGGCGGAUCUUCCAUCCAGGGAGCUGGCCUGGGAGGUCUCAGCGUUCCUCCUUUUCCGAUAAGGACGGGCACAGAUGUGAGGGCAGAGAUGUCUCCAGCCCUCUCCUGCCUGCUGCUGCUGUUCCUGGAGGGCUGCCUGGCAUGCCAGCACCCUGCCUGCCACUGCCUGGGCAGGGUCUUCAUCUGCCAGGAGAGCCAGGUGGUGCAGGUUCCCCGGGACAUCCCUGCCAAUGCCACCGAGCUGAGAUUUGUCCUCACCAAGAUGAGAGUCAUUCCCAAAGGAGCUUUCACAGGACUUGUUGACCUAGAGAAAAUAGAGAUCUCACAGAAUGAUGCCUUGGAGGUCAUAGAAGCAAAUGUGUUUUCCAACCUUCCCAAACUACAUGAAAUAAGAAUUGAGAAAGCCAACAACCUCGUGUACAUCGAUAAAGAUGCCUUCCAACACCUUCCAAGCCUCAGAUAUUUGUUAAUAUCAAACACUGGCCUUCGGUUUUUACCUGCUGUCCACAAGGUUCACUCUUUCCAGAAAGUUUUGCUAGAUAUUCAAGACAAUAUCAAUAUACGUACAAUUGAAAGAAAUUCAUUCAUGGGCCUGAGUUCUGAAAGUGUGAUUCUAUGGCUCAAUAAAAAUGGAAUUCAGGACAUUGAGGAUCAUGCAUUUAAUGGAACAUACCUGGAUGAGCUAAAUCUAAGUGAUAAUCACAACCUAGAAAAAUUGCCAAAUGAGGUCUUCCAGGGAGCCAAUGGACCUGUUGUUUUGGAUAUUUCCAGCACGAAAAUCAGUUUCCUGCCAAGUCAUGGAUUAGAACUCAUUAAGAAGCUAAGAGCAAGGUCUACAUACAAUUUAAAAAAGCUUCCUGACUUAAGCAAAUUUAGAUCUUUGAUUGAGGCAAACUUCACCUAUCCUAGCCAUUGCUGUGCAUUUACAAACUGGAAAAGACAAAAGACUGAAUUGCAUCCGAUAUGUAGCAUAUCUCAGGUGAAGCAAGACUUUGAGGAGAAGCCUAGCAAAAAACUACAGAGAAGGUCUGCAGCUGAAGAUUAUAUUUCCAACUAUGGCAUAGGAUUUGACCCAGCAGAGAAUGAAUUCGACUAUGGUUUAUGCAAUGAAGUAGUGAAUGUAGCCUGCUCUCCUAAACCUGAUGCUUUCAACCCAUGUGAAGAUAUCAUGGGAUACAACAUUCUGAGAGUCCUGAUAUGGUUCAUCAACAUUUUAGCCAUUACUGGGAACACUGUUGUCCUCAUAAUUUUAAUAAGCAGCCAAUACAAACUCACCGUUCCUCGCUUUCUGAUGUGCAAUCUUGCCUUUGCCGACCUCUGCAUAGGGAUCUACCUGCUCUUUAUUGCCUCUGUAGACAUCCAGACCAAAAGCCAGUACUACAACUAUGCCAUAGACUGGCAGACCGGGGCAGGGUGCAACGCUGCGGGGUUUUUCACGGUGUUUGCCAGCGAGCUGUCGGUGUACACGCUGACGGUGAUCACGCUGGAGCGCUGGCACACCAUCACCUACGCCAUGCAGCUGCACCGCAAGGUGCGCCUGCGCCACGCCGUCACCGUCAUGGCUUUUGGCUGGGUGUUUGCCUUCACGGUAGCGCUCCUGCCCAUAUUUGGGGUCAGCAGCUACAUGAAGGUCAGCAUCUGCCUGCCCAUGGAUAUAGAGACACCCUUUGCCCAGGCUUAUGUUAUGUUCCUCCUGGUGCUGAACGUGCUGGCGUUCGUGGUCAUCUGCGUCUGCUACACCUGCAUCUACUUCACCGUGCGCAACCCCAACGUCGUCUCCUCCAACAGUGACACCAAGAUCGCCAAGCGCAUGGCCAUACUCAUCUUCACUGACUUCCUCUGCAUGGCACCAAUAUCCUUCUUUGCCAUAUCGGCCUCGCUCAAGGUUCCUCUCAUCACAGUGUCCAACUCCAAGAUCCUGCUGGUUUUGUUUUACCCCAUCAACUCCUGCGCCAACCCAUUCCUCUACGCCAUUUUCACCAAGACUUUCCGCAGGGAUUUCUUCAUUCUCCUGAGCAAGUUUGGUUGCUGUGAAAUGCAAGCCCAGAUUUACAGAACAGAGAUCUCCUCGUCUGCUCAUACUUUCCACACAAGAAAUGGCCAUUGCCCUCCUGCAUCAAAAAACGGUGAUGGCACUAUUUAUUCUUUAGUUCCCCUGAAUCACUUGAACUGAAAUGCUUGCAUAGAUUUGUGUCUGAGGCGGUGUGCUACCCACUUGCGAGUAUGUGAAUUUGAAUAAUGACUUCAGCAUAGCAUGCAAACUUGUUUUUUAUGAAAAGAAAAUUCUUUCCAAUUCCCUAUUUUUUGUUCAAUGAACAACCAUCAGAGAUGACAU